CUAGAGCCCCUGGUGUCACGGGGAGGCGGAGCGCGGCAGUUGCGUCCACCUCACCCGCAGCGGUAACCCCCGUCUGUUGUCUCGUCGCAGCCACGGGAGAAAAGACGGAGCCCUCCGCCGCCACAGAAAUUUUUAACCAUAUGUGAUAUUUUAUGGAUUUUGGCCAAGCCCUAAGAUUCCAUUUUUUUUCUCCCACUUUGGGGAAAAGGGGGAUCCUUCUCAGCGGACUGGUUCCCAAUAGCAGGCAUGUGGGAUGAACUGGAGGAGAUGGAGGGAGCAUGGUCUGCUCCAGCUCAGCCACCCGCUGAAGGGGCAGAAGGGGCUGCCCCCGGUGGGGGCCCCCCUGGGGGUCCCCCUGGCCCUCCUCCUAAUACGACCAGUAACAGAAGACUACAGCAAACCCAGGCACAAGUGGAGGAAGUGGUGGACAUCAUGCGUGUAAAUGUGGACAAGGUCCUGAAGAGGGAUGAGAUCCUGUCACAGCUGGAUGACCGAGCUGACGCCUUGCAGGUGGGAGCAUCACGAUUUGAGAGCAGUGCUGCCAAGCUAAAGAGGAAGUAUUGGUGGAAAAACUGCAAGAUGAUGAUCAUGCUGGGAGCUAUCUGUGCCAUCAUCGUGGUAGUUAUUGUAAUCUACUUUUUUACUUGAGAAUGUACCACCCCUUCCCUGUUCUCCAUUGCCAUCCAGUCUCAUGUUUCUUUCCCUCUGUUUGCUCUCUCAACAAACGUCCGCAUCUGCCUUCCUCCACCCCGUCCAGGCUUCUCCGUUGCCCACUCCUCGUUUUCUGUUGCUUUCAUUUGCACCGUGUCCCUCAACACUAGAAAUGCUGCUCGUGGUGUGGUCCUAGAGUAACUACCUGAAGAGCAACAGCUGGCACCUCCUCCCUACCCCCUUCUUAUGUACUCUCUCAAGUUCCCCCAAAGCCGAAAAGAAUGGGAGGCCAAGAGAAGAGGAAGGGGUGUGGCUGGGGUCAUGUGCCCAGGAAGGUGCCAAGACCGGGGGAGGAGAAGGGUGUCUGGUGCCCAUGGUGUCACCAGGAAAGGCCAGGCCAGUGGCAGGAAGAGGCUGCGAAUAGCUCGCAGAAUGGCAGCUCGCUCAAGACCGCCCUGGCCACGUGGGGCUCUUCCCCUAGGCCAGGCCCUCAGAGGAUCCUGGGGUGGGCCCAGAGGCCGACUCGGUCCUGGUGCGAUGAUACCCUUUUAGGAAGUCAAGCUUGUUUUUGCAGUAGUUUCUGAUCUGUUCGUCCAAGAUUCUCUAUGUUGUCAGGGAUUUUACAACCUUUUGCUUUGUUUUUGGGAGACCUAGAGCACACACAUUAAUUGCAAAAGUACCGGCUUCAUUCCUAUCUUAGAAGCAGCCCCAUAAGCUCAUGACUACGAGGAGCUGUCUCUCGUCCACAUGUUCUGGAGCAUUCUGGGUUGUUUCUGAGAGUACCAGACAGUUCCAUAGAGCCAAAGCUUGGGACUCUCCAUUUUAAUUGUUGGCAUAGAUAAAGGGAGAGUGCACGUUAAUUCUAGAGAGACAAUGAGUCAGGGGCCUAAUUUGAAAAUAACAAGCUCGGAAGUUUUGGAAGUUUUCUCGCCUGCUUAUUGAGGGGGGUCCUGUUCCUCCCUUCCCGUGGAUAAAGUGUGAAGUGUUAGGAAUGAGGAUCCUUGGACCCUCAGGAACUCCUUUCCUCUACACUAUUCCCAGCUACUUGCCAAAGGCAUGGAUGAGGCAGGAAGUCCUUCCUGAGGGUAGUCAGUUCUGAGUGUUCAGAGAAGUCUGGUAUCCCUGCCAGCCCAGUCUCACGUGGGAGGCAGGACAGUCCGUAGACAGGUGUGCUUGUGUACUGCUGUGUCAUGGGGCCCUGUCACCGAGAGCCACCUGUCUGUCCUUCCUGCACUGUGUCCCCCUUCUGAACCACCUGCACCCAUCUGAAUGCCACUUUGCCUCCUUUCCUUUCCUCUCCGCAUGCUGUGUGGGGUCAGACUUCAGACGCCAAGGCGGCCGCUGCUGGACUUCAGGCUGGGGCGUUGAGUGGAACAGACCCAGUGUGAGGGGAGGAGAGCAGGCUGGGAACAGGAGGGGGAGCACCCAUGACUCUUGAUUCCUCCUCUCAUCUGGCCCACGAGCAGGAAGAGGCAGAGGGCGGGCUGGGCUGGGUCUGGAUGCUCACUCUCCAUGCAGCAGCAUUUCACGGCGCAAAACCAUCCUUCCUCUCCCUUCGCCCCUUUUCCUGCAUUCCCUUCGUCCUGCCCCAGGGCAGGACUGAAGAGCUGGAAGAAAGCAGUCAGUGUACCCUCCCAACGGCCCCCCUCGAAGGUCUCCACUCUCCUCUGGGCUCCUCCUUGCCUAAUGCAGGGGGUCACCGCUGGAGAAGAACCACCAGUGUCCUCGAUGUGUCCCAAGCCUGGAGCAAAUUCACCCUCUUGGUCCACCCAGCCCUGUCACGGGAAUUCUUUCCUGGGUUUCUGUCCCUCUGAGGCCCACCAGAUGUAGCUGGCUUUGUUCUUUUGGGGAUGUUUGCCCUCCUACUUUCUUUCUCACCCCACCCUGUACCCUCUUCUGUGUCUUUGCUGUCCCCCUCCUCCCACCCCCCAUGUGCAUGAGCAAAUAUGCAACCAAACCCUGGGACUUUGCAGUCAAAUGAAGCUGAGCUUCCCACAUCCCCUUCUUCUUUGGUUUGCCAUGAGGCGAUGUGGGGUUUCCACUGUGUGUCUGUCAUCACCUCUGUCUUUUUUCCUAUCCCUAACCCCAUACUUGUAUAGAAUAAUAACAGUUGUACUUCCACCAAAGGCAUGUGGCAUAUUUACCAAUUUCAUGUAUUGUGAACAAAGGCAAAAAAAUAUAAAUUCCUACCACUAAA